AUGUCCUUUCACAACAACAAUCGCAAAGUCACUCUCUCAGAAAUGCCACAAGUCUUGGCCUCUCGAACCUCCCUCGAUUCUUCAUCUCAUCGAGUCAACGCAGGUUCUGAAUCCACUCCUUAUCUUGAUGUCUCUCUUUUAAAAGAUCCAUUAAAUCAUCAUCAUCAUUCAACAAUGAAUGAUCGAUAUACUCGAAUUGACACAUUCAAAAAGUAUUGGAAGAAAUUUUCAAGCAGCACGUUUGGAAAUCGUCGAUUGAAAAUGUACAUUUAUUCAUGUCUCAAAUUCUUAACCAUUACGUAUGUGCAGGCAAAUAAUUUAUUUGGAAAGAGUGAUGCAUUGGUGUUAACAGAAGGAGAACAAUUGUUGCAAUCAGUGUUUAAAAUUGUAUCGUAUACCUUUAUGGGAGUGUUGAUGGUUUUAUUUACGGAAAGAUACAUUCGAGAGUUGACAGCCAUUGCUCGUAAAAAACCUCUCACUAUUUGGAUUAAUUGGAUGGAAUCGAUAGUGUAUUUAAUUUUCUUUAUUUAUUCGAUUGCGACUUCAGUGACACAUGUCGUGUAUAUUGUGAGAGAGUACAAUGCGGAAAGUGAAGAGAGAAUUUUGCAUCCAGAAAUGUUUGCGAAAAAAACGUUUACUUUGGAGGAACAAUUGGCUGUGGAAAUUUUAGAAGUUUUUGUGCAUAUUUAUAUUAUUGUGGAUAAGGGAACUCACUUUAUUCAUGCCAGUCACAGCGUCUCUUACUAUCUAGCCAAAGCACAACACAUUCCAAAGCAUCAUCAUCCCGGCCAUCAUCAUCAUCAUAACGACUAUUUCUAUGUGAAUGACACGUUGAACAGAAAUCCAAAUCAUGCCUUCGAUCACGAUCCUAACACUCUUGCUUUGGAUGAAUCCAAUGCCGUUGAUUCACUCAAAGAGAAGGAUCUCCAACAACAACAAGAAGAGAGUGACGAAGAUUAUGAUGAUUACAUUGGAAAAACUUAUCAAGAAGAGCAAACUGAAAAGAUGAGAAGAAGAAACACCACAAUGGGCGCCAUUUAUAGAAAACCAGGAUCUCUCUUUGUAAACUUUAAGACCAACAAUAAUGAUGACAAGAAAGCACCUCUCAAUGCGUUUGAUCAACUUUAG